AUGGCCGGCAAAAAGGGCUCUCAGAAGUUCGAGUUCUCAUGCAGCACCGGAGUGGCAGCAUCCGUAACGGAGCUCAGCUGCUACGACGAUGGAAACUUUUACGCGUCCAAAGCUGACAAGAAAAAGGGCCGACCCUUCGAUACGAACACCGUAAUCGACUGCCUCGACGGUAAUUCUGGUGGAGGAGAUUCUCUCGAAGAAGCUUGCUACGUUGCUUUCGAUGAAUUCUUUGAGAAGAAGGGACAGAGUUUGAAAUUUUCGUGA